AUGCACUUGGCCAAGUUCUUCUCUCAUCGCAUGGAGUCAUACAAGGAGCUCACUUGUGAGUUCUUUGGCAUCAUGAGGGAGAAAGAGAAUGGUGAUCACCUUCAGGCAGCUGGAGAUCUUUUUGGUUUCACUUAUGGAGAAGGAACCCAUUGGGGAUAUCAAGGAAAUGAGCUCCAAAGGUUUGGGCUACAAUCGCUGAGGAGGAUUCUCUUCUUCAAGAUCCAAGGCUGCUCAGAUAGGAGCCCAGUGCUGAGAUAUGUGCACAAGGCACUUGCCAACACCUUCUUUGCAAGGAAGGCCACUGGGACAAUUAAUGAAGGAGAAGUGAAGCUCCUUGACAUGGGAAUCAAGCCCAUCAUCUCACGCACAAGGAUGGGAAGAGGAUCAGAGGGAGAUAGAUACACGGGAAACCUAUGCCUCUUUCAGAUCACUCUCCUACAAGACAACAGCCUAUAA